AUGGCGUCUUUGCAAGCCACUGCAGAUUCGAUUCGCACCGCGGUGUGUUCGACAUCGACAUGUACACCUGGAACAACAAUAAUACUCAGCGAGCUCCUAUUACCAAAAGCGAAUCCCGAAAGUAAACGCCCUACCACGGCUACGAAAAAAACAACGAAGACUGCGGCCGUGUCUAAGGCAAAACCUAAACCAAUAAAACCCUCGACAUCGAGGACUAAGAAGGCGGAACUGGUGGACAACGAGAAGGAAAAUAGGCAUACGGAUGGGCAUCAAUUGUCGGCAAAGGAGCGGUCAAUACUGGCUACUGAAGUCAUUAAUGCUACACUCAAGUCCCUCACCGAGGCUAUCAAGGCUCCAGUGGCUGGCCCACUUCGACGACAGCCAUCCUCGAAGGAUCUUGUUAAAGCUUCAGCGCGCAAAACCCUCCGUCGGUCGAUUUCGUUACCGCAAACCCCGUUACAGCCACGCUCCUUAAAUCGAGUUGCGAGUUCACCCGGUCUCUCUCCUAGGCCGAGCAGAUCCUCGUCUUCGGCUUCUAUAACCUCCUCUGGACACAGGUCGACAGCUGAAUGCACCCGGCUAGCUUUUGCAUGCCUUCGAUCAUUGCAGGCCGCCAAAACACCCGGCUUAAACCUUCCGCCUCUGCAACUUGAAAAUGGAAUGUCUAUAUUUAUUGGAAAGCUUAUUUCAUUAGGACUGGAUGAUCUGGCUACGAAGGAGCUGAGGAUUUUGAAAAGAAGACUGGAGCUGGACGAUCCGCAGCAGAAGCCGGCAGCAGGGAAAUCGAAUACAACUACAGCCCCGCAGAAUCUAGCCGAGUUAUUAGAUUUUGGAGAAAAAAAAGUUACGGGUGCAAAGCUGGGUCUGGUUAUUUCAACCCAAUUGCACAUCCUACGACUUAUGGCCUCGUCAAGUAGAAAUCACUCUCAGAAUGCCGUUGCUAUUUUGAAUCCUUCACAUCCGUCGUCGCCUACAAAGUUACUACUCUUGGCUUCUAAAGCGCCCAAGUCAGCAGAAAAAGCUGCUCGCCAAUUACAGACACUUUCGGAUGUCCUGCUGUCAUUGUGUCCUAGUGUUUCUCCAUCCGAUGAUCCUUUAGCUCUCGAACCGAGGCUGAGUGUAACUGCUGAUGUCGCAUUCCAGUUGCAGACUUUUGCGCUCCACAAUCGGAUUCUGUGGUGGAAGCUUGCAGGUCAUCAGGCCGACCCGGCAAAAUAUUUAUUCGACCCGUUUCUCCGCUGUCUUUCCACAUUUGCUCGUCGCAGUCGGGGCGAUGCCUCUGGCACAUAUGAGCUAGCUUCUGCGGCUUUUCUAGACCUCCAAAAGCUCUUUUCAGGCUGUCCUAAUGCAAGCGAGGAAGGACUGGGGCGGAUAUUAAUCGGCAUCUAUAGACUGCUGAGUUCUAUGGCACAGGAGUCGAACCUGGUGGAAGAUGCAAUCCAUUGGACUUUGGAGCUUCAAGGAGACGAGCGAACCGUCAGUUCCGAUGCUAGACAGACUUUUAUUGUUGCGAGAUUGGCAGCGCUCACUCUUAGGCGGCCGCUGAGGAAUCUAAAAGAUGAGGAGCUACUCCUCACCCUGUUGGAGAGUUUGGAGCGCCCCUUCAAGGGCGAUUCCUCCGAAAUCGAAGAUCUUCUGACUGAAGUUUCCUAUACCCGAAGGGCAGCGAUUGCCAUUCUGGCUCGCUCGACGCCAAGUUGUAGUCCGGAAAACAGAUUGACGGAAGGCAUGCGGCAAAUGUGCGAGUCUCUUGUCUUUCUAUGCCCAAGGUUAUGUUUGAGGUACCUCGGGAAGCCCGCAGACGUGACUUCAACAACGAAAGAAAUUGUUCGUUAUGAGCAGCGACGUCAAUUUAUCGGAAAAUCUGCUCUCCACUCUAUCGACUCGGUAUCAUUUCUCAUCAAGACGCUCCUUAACGAAGGACGUAUAACUUGGGAUCUUUUAGACUCGAAACUCCAAGAUUGCUUAUCCUUACUCGACCAGGUUGAUAUGGCUUCUGGAGAGCCUCCCCUGGAUGAUUCGGCAUUGUCCAAAUCGUAUCAUGUCCGACUCUCGAAUGUUUACUAUACAUAUUAUCUCAAUGAGCGGCGGAAUUCCGAUAAACCAAAAGAUAGUCAGCAGCUACGAGUCCUACGAAGAUCGGUCGACUGUAUUCGGGCAAAAUCACAAACUGAAAAGAAAUCGGCUUUUUUCUCGACGAAGCUUGAGCGGAUGGCGGAGAUUUGUAGGACAGCUGGGCGAUAUGACGAGCUCUUCCAAAUCCUCGAAAGCCUACGCGAUGAGAUGGUCAGCAAUGGUGUUCUAUCAGGAGUUGCAGCUGCUGUUGCCUCCCAACCACUUCAGGCAGCAUGGAACAAAGAUGAUCAAUCAGCUAUGCUUGCUCGUACAAUUUCUUCCUUGUUAAAGACUCAAGUCAAAUACCUGAACAUAGCUACACAUAACUCACUUGUUGACGACUCCUGGUCUAAUGAUGAGCAAGGAGCGGUGCUCGAGUAUCAACUCCAAGUUCUAUCUAGACAGAUCAAGAGGCCAAAUAUUAAGGUACUGCAAACGGCCGCAUUCAGGUCAUUGCUUUCACUUUACGACAGGAAAAGCUACCCCAUCCGCAGGCUUAGAGUGCUAAUACAUCUUGUGUCCCUUGAUUUGGAGGAUCGAGAGGAAUUUGUGGAUUUCAUCGAAGACGAGCUCACAGUAGAGACGACUGAGACUUGCACCAUCGAUGGGACCGAGGAUGAGUCUUUGCAACACUACUUGGCCCACGUCAGAACUCUUGCAAUAUCCACCAUGGAACUGCAACAGGAUCAACCACGGCUUGAUAUCUUGAAAAGUAACCUGUCUACCUGGUCAUCCAUUCGGACGAGUUGCGAGAACUUGGAGGCCUUGGAACGUCGGGUCGAGGAUGUUAUGGGGCUCACGGAUCAUUUGCAGUUUAUCUCAGGCUAUUUGCAGAUGAAAGGAUUAGAUACUCUACGAGUUGCUGUUCUCCGUCUAAUAGCGGAUUUCAGUGAGCUAAUGCUGAACGACAAGUCUGGCCCCGAUGGAGUUGUCCUCAGUUUCGCUGCACUGGGGUCUCAGUGGCUUAAACUUGGCUAUUCCGGAAAAGCAGGACUCGCGUUGGAUAGGGCACAGUCAUACAGCCAUCGCAAUGGUGUCUCCCCACUGGCCAUGUUGCAAUUACAACUUGCCUACUCUGCUUACUUGGUGGCCAUAGGUAACUUCGACAAAGGCGAGGAGCAGCUCCUUCGUGCUCAAGCCUUCCAUUCCCAGGAGAAGGAGGCUAUGGCUAGAACGAAAGCCGCCCUCACACUUGAGGAACGGACCCAACAGAACCAGUUGCUUUCCGAUGCUUAUAUGGUAUAUUCAAUGGUAUCACUCGAACGUGGUGCCGCUCAUACGGCACUGAAAUAUGCCCGGCAGAGUGUAAGGCUAUUACGGCGUGCUUGGGCAAACACCGAGGAACACCUACGACGUCAAAGUUCUCUAUCCGAUACCCAGCCCGAAUCGCCAAUAGACAAUCUAUCCACGAACCUCUCCAACCUCAACAUGUCUACCACCACAAUAUGUGCAGAUGCUGAUAGUCAAAGUGCAAAUAUUGGGUCGUGUUUCUGGGCCUUUGUUGCCCCUCUUUUCCGCAGUCUUAGUCGUCUGUCCGAGAUUUAUGCGCAUCAUGGCAUGUUUCAGGAGACUGUUUACUAUGCGGAACAGGGCUACAAGUUUGUCAAAGUCGUUGGCUCUGAGGCGCACCAAGCAAUGGCAGCCGCCUUGGUGGGAAAUGCUCUAUUGAAAGCAGGGACACUGGACAAGGGCGCUGAGUUGCUUAUGGAAUCGAAACAGCUCUCAACUUCCUUGGAGAAUUGCCAAGACAAAGCCAUAUUAUCCUACUAUCUUGGGAAUAUGCAUGGUCUUCUGGAUGAUCGCGAUUCGGAAAUUGCUGCAUAUGGAGUGGCAGAAGAGAUUCUGGAGAGCUUAAGCCAAACGGACUAUAUAGACUCGAUGGAAAUGAUCACGAGCCCGUCAGAUAUUCUUGAGGAAUGCAUGUCGCAACUAACGAUUACGAAACCCAAGGGGCCAGGAAAACGGAAACCAGCAACCCGGACAAAAGCAGUAGUCAGGACCACUCGAGCCGUUGCCCGAGCUAAUUCCCCAGUUGAGCCUGCCAAGCUGAUAUCAGAAGAAUGCACGCAACUAGUAUCGUUCAAAGCAACAUUACUCCGUCAGAAGGCUUGGACCCUAACAUUGAUGAAGCAGUGUAAUGAAUCACUUGCACUUGUCCAUCAGACAGCACCUUUUGUGAAUACUCAGAUUGAAGCUGUGGAUCAGGCAUUGGCAAUGGCCAAACAGUUGCUUUUCCAAAGCAUGGAGCAAAUGACCGCCGACCCUGUGUAUUCAGUUUUACAAGACUCGACUAUCUCCUUCCCAUCUGUUGUCGGCUUGUGUAAAGGCGACAAACCCACAGAUAGGCCCUCAGUAACUCGAACUUCACCCCCAAGAAAGUUACCCGUGACAAAACGUGGUCGGGAGACAAACUGCUCCAAGAAUACAGCCUCCGACUUUUUCGAAAAACUUCGCCAAGCCCAGGAACACCUGCUGGAAGCACAUUCCAUAGCUGUAACUGUUGCUCCAAUUGCCCUAAUCCACAAGAUAUCGGCUCUCCUAAACAGUGUCUCUAUAUUACUCUGCGCCUCGGGCCACUCAAAAGGGAAAUCAAUCACCCAUCCUGGCUUUGCCAGCUGCAAUAUUGAAAUAGCCAGAACUUUAGCAAUUCGCCGUGAACGCAAGGCCAUACAGAGCGAUUCUUCACCGAGAUCUAAAUCAGACGACUUUUGCUGGCCGACGGCCGCCUUCACGAACCCAAGAAGGUCUAGUUCUGGAAUUCCUCACGACUUGUCUCGCUUCCAGAGAGAUUACAUUGAUAUCAUACCGAAGUCCUGGACAGCAAUCUCUAUCUCUCUGAGUGAUAGUCGCAACGAGCUCUCUAUCACCAAACUGCAGGCUGGCCAUAGUCCUUUCGUUCUUCGUUUGCCACUGGCACGACACAAUUCAAUGGACGCUGAUGAAGAGGUCUUCGACUUUGAGCAGGGGCAUUCCGAGCUCAUGGAUAUUAUCCAACGAGCAAAUGAAAGUGCCCAUGAUGCGCGAGGUAUGAGUAGACGUGAAGCUAAGAUGGCAUGGUGGGAUGAGCGAGAGGAAUUGGAUAGGCGCCUAGGAUAUCUUCUCGAGAACAUCGAAAAGGUUUGGCUCGGAGGGUUCACAGGUAUCUUCUCGCAAAAUACACGGCGCCCAGAAUUACUCGCACGUUUCCAAAAAUCCUUUCACAACAUCCUUGACAGACACCUUCCCUCGCGGCAGAAAAUGGGGAAGAGAAACACAGGUCCUCGUGUUAGCCUGGAUUCCCGAAUACUCGAUCUAUUCAUUGGCUUAGGAGAUGCUUCAGAUGAGGAUUGCGAUUUCUCCGAGCCCCUGACCGACCUGCUAUACUUCGUCGUCGACGUAUUGCAGUUCCAUGGCGAGCUUAAUGCAUAUGCCGAAAUCGACUUUGAUUCAAUCGUCAUCGAGACGCACGACGCUUUACGUUGCUACCACGCAGCCGUGCACGCAUCCAGUCAACCCGAGGAGCAAAACCAUACAGUUCUGAUACUAGACAAAGCACUCCACGCUUUUCCAUGGGAAUCGCUACCAUGUAUGGAUGGGCAGGCGGUAUCGCGUUUGCCAUCUCUCGGUUGUCUGCGAGAUCGCAUUAUCCACCAGCAAAACGAUGCCCCUGAUAAUGCGCCAGAGGGAAGUUAUGUCGAACCAGGGAAUGGAUCGUAUAUUCUCAAUCCAGGGGGGGAUCUCAAAAACACUCAGGCAACAUUUGAAAAGAACCUGCAGAGUUUGAAGAGCUGGGAUGGCAUCGUCAAGCGCGAGCCUACGGAGGCCGAGUUCAAAGAGACACUGGCUACUAAAGACCUAUUUCUCUACUUUGGCCAUGGAAGCGGAGCACAAUAUAUCCGUGCUCGAGAAAUCAGAAAACUCGAGAAAUGCGCCGUCAGCUUUCUCAUGGGUUGCAGCAGCGGCGCUCUCACUGAAGCCGGCGAAUUCGAGCCAUACGGUCCGGCAAUCAAUUAUAUGCAUGCUGGUUGCGCUGCACUCGUAGGUACGCUCUGGGAUGUGACGGAUAAGGAUAUCGAUCGGUUUGCGAAGAGUACCUUUGAGCACUGGGGCCUUUUCGAGGGUAGCGAAAAGAAGGAAAGGGGGAAGGGGAGGAAGGAGGCUCAGACGGCGCCAGUGAUGGAACGGAUAUCGGUGGUUGAGGCCGUGGCCAAGGGGAAGAAAGCUUGCAAUUUGCGGUAUUUGAAUGCUGCUGCCGUCUGUGUUUAUGGUGUUCCGGUAUACCUCAAGUGA